AUGAAAAUAUCCAUGUAUUUGGAUUAUUCUUCAUACUUUUCAAUCCCUCAAGCAUGUCAUCGAAAUCUCCAACUGGCAAAAUUCCAUUUAUUGGAACGAUUACGGAUUUUACAAGAGUUGACGCCAUUGGAUGAUCUUGUGGAUAAUUUAUUGUAUCGGCAAUGGAUUUUUGCACAUGCGACAGCAAAUGCAGCAAAACGAGGGGAUCUAAGUGUUAUUCAAUGGCUAUGUCAAGUGUAUUUUCCACAAGGACGAGUGACAAAUGCAGUUGAGAAAGCAGCACAAAAUGGACAUGUACGAAUUCUACAAUGGCUCUAUGAAGCCCAUGCGAAAGUAUUUUGGGGUGCUAGUGAAAUGUGUAUAGCAGCACAAUAUGAUCAAGUGAGUGUUGUAAAAUGGUUACAAGCUCAUGCAGCACCACCUUUUGUUGGAAUUCAUGCAAUUGAAUCAGCAGCUCGAAAUGGUAAUUUACAACUUGUGAAAUGGCUACAUAAAGUAAGAGGACAAUGGUCUGGUUAUGGAGCAGGAGAAGCCGCAGCUCAUGGACAUUUAGAUGUGUUUAAAUACAUGAUGAAAGGACAUUCCGUUUUGCGAGAAAGUGCAUUGAAUGAAGCAGCAGGAAGAGGGUAUUUGGAAGCAGUGAAAAAAAUAGCAAGACGUCAACCGACCUUAGUGACGACUCGGACGACCACUGCAGCGGCAGAAAAUGGACAAAUGCAGGUAGUCAAGUGGUUACAUGGCAAGAAGUUUGACGGAAAAUUUGUGCUCUGGACAACGGUAGCAAUGGACAAGGCAGCUACUAAUGGACACUUGAAGAUGGUCAAAUGGCUGCAUCAGAAUCGAUUUUUGGAAUCAUGGAAAGCCUGUACUCGAGAAGCUAUGAAUGGUGCUGCGCGGAAUGGUCACUUAAAGGUGCUGCAGUGGUUGCACAAGCAUCGUCAUGAAGGCUGUACGACCAAGGCGAUGGAUAGCGCUGCAGCAAACGGCCAUUUGAAUAUUGUUGAGUGGUUGCACAAGAACAGAUCUGAAGGCUGUACGCAAGAUGCAAUGAUUGCAGCGGCUGCUAAUAAUCACCUGUCUACUUUGUGUUGGCUGCAUCAAAAUCGACGAGAAGGCUGUAGCACGGCUGCAAUGGAUGAAGCUGCUGGCGCAGGCCACUUGCAAGUAGUUAAGUGGCUCCAUGCGCAACGGAAUGAAGGAUGUACUUCGAACGCCAUGGACAGCGCAGCUGCCAAUGGACAUUUGAAGGUGGUGAAGUGGCUCCAUACUUACCGUAAAGAAGGCUGCACCGUGCGGGCAAUGGAUCGUGCCGCUGGAGGGGGUCACUUGGAAACGAUCAAAUGGCUUCAAUUGAACCGGUUUGAAGGCUGCACGUCGGCAGCGAUGGACAACGCUGCUGCUGGUGGAUGGCUGGAAACUGUCCGCUGGCUGCAUUGGCACCGUAAUGAGGGAUGUUCGACUAAUGCGAUGGAUGAGGCAGCUGGAGGAGGUCAUUUUGACGUGUUGAUGUUCCUAUAUACCAAUUACAAUGAGGGUUGCACGCGGCUAGCUGCGGAGAACGCGACACGUUCAGGCCACCUUGAAAUUUUGCAAUGGAUUUACAUUCAUUAUCCGGACCAAUUUGAUCGUGACCGUGUCGUUGCUAUUGCCAACCGAGACAACAUCUAUUUAAUGGAGUGGUUGCAAAGUAUUGGAAACGACACAUAG